AUGAACAUCCAACAACAGUUUCCUGGUGUACACUGGAUCUGGGGAGGAGGCAUCUCAGCCGUGUACGAAGUACAUCCUCGUAUAGUUGUCAAAGUCCCAAAGCCCGAAGAAUUUGAGAGAGAGCAGUUUCAGAAAGAAAUCAAGAUCUAUGAAGCCUUCGCGCAGCACCCGCCCUGUCCCUUUAUAGUACAGUGCUUUUUAUACACAGAAAAUGGCAUCUUCCUUGAGUAUAUGAGAGAUGUAUGCCUUUCUUUAAGAAUACAAUACAACCAUGUUCGGGACCAGGAUACAAUGGUGGUUACAAAAGUGGAAAAACUUGAACCUAUAGCUCUGCGGGAGAGAUGGAUGAACGACCUUGCUCAGGCUGUCGCCUUCCUCGAAUCACUCAACCUCGCUCAUGGCGACUUGCGACCAGAAAACAUUCUGCUUGACCGUGACCGGCUGAAGUUAUCAGAUUUUGACUGUACAGCAGAAUUUGGGGCAGACUUUGAAGCCUGUAUAGCUCCAUAUGGGAGGCUGCUAAACAGCAGCGAAGCAGACCUAGGCCCACGCGGGUCGUCUGGCUUCCUAAGCCCUAGAACGGAGCAGUUCGCCCUGGGUUCUUUAUAUUAUCUCAUAAACUACGGCUUUGAAGUUUAUGGAGAUCGAUGUCUUCAUGAGAAUCCAAGGGAACAUGGCCCUAAGGUCGUCGAGUUAAUGCAGGAUAUGGAGUUUCCAGAGCUAGAUGGUGAUCCGCUGAUUGACGGUAUCAUCGACAAGUGUUGGCACAAUAAGUACACCACGGUUGCAGAAUUGGCCGCACAAACGGACACGCUCCUUGCAGAAGGUACAAACGGUGAACAAAACAACGUCGAGGAGGACACAACAGAAGAACCCUCUUGGAAAAGAGCAUUCUGUCAGGAUCUAGAAGAUCGCGGACUUCCUCGCCUUCUUGCCUCUGAUGAUCCUAAGCAGCUUGGUUUCAAGCUCGGCUGGUAUAGAUACACCACCAAUUGA